GUGACUAAAAAACUGUUCUAUGUGUAAGUAAGUAGUAGUUACCUAAAAUAUAUGAAACCUUAUAAUGUUUAAAUACCUUUGGCUACCUAUCUCUAAGGUAAAUUCAGUAAAAUACUUUUGUGAAAAACGCUUAAAAUAGUCAAAACAAAACUUUUUGUUUAUAAAUUUUGUUAAAUGUUAAAGGAAAGACAGUGAUGUUUUCUUCCUAUAAACAUUUGCCUAAAUUUUUAAACAAAAAGUUUUUUUAGACUAUUUUAACUGUUUUUUUUUUUAGCAAUUUGGGGUUUUGUCAUAUUUCCACAGAUUUCAUUACUAGAGAGAGAGAGAUCAUAAAUGUCUCAAACUGACCACACUUAAUACACCACCCCACUAACUCCCACCUUAGCUUACAAGCUAAGCAGCAAAACAAAUGCAUAAAAAAGCAACACCAUUUUAAUGAUGAUGAGCACACAGUACUCUCUAUGUGUACUAAGACAUUUUAUUUUGAUUACAGCCUCAAGUUAACAGGCACUGUUAUGUGUUAACGAACGCAUAGCAAAAAAAAAGGGCAAAGCCAAAGGGGGUCGAGCGAGUGUAAAAAAAGAAGACGACUUAAAGUGAUGAGAAAGCCGACAUAUUCACACGCACACACACACACAUGACUAUGAUUCUUAGAGGAAUUCCCUAUGGAAGAAGAAGAAUUGUCAAACAAAAAUAUUUAGGGGGUGGGGUACAACAUUUGGAGAGGUUCCUUUGAAAUACAAAAAAAAAAAACACUACAGCUUGCUUUCGUUUUUUGAGCAUUUCUGUUAUGAUAUGGGCUGCCUGCGCACUAAUGUUUUGGACUCAUAGUAUUUUUUAUUGAAUGCUUGUCGUUGGCCCCCAACACGCUUACGACAAAUUUGUAUUUGUUUGUUAUCAACAGUGGCUACGGUGUAGCGAAUGGUGGUGGUGGUUAUAGUCUCUGUUAAAUAGCAGAGAGGCACAAUACAUUGUGAGAGAUGUUUAUGACUGCUGUUACAUACCCAUCUGUACAGCACACAACCAACCAUCUGUUCAUUCAUCCUCCCCCUCGGUAAUGGGCUGGCUACACUCAAUGAGUGGUGUUUACAGAGAGAUAGAUAGAGCAGCUCUAGAUGUGUGAUGUACAUUCAGAUGAUGUUGAGUACGAAUGUAGAUACAAUGCCAAGUACUUGCAUACAUAUGUACAUGUACGAGUAUGCGAUAUGAAUGUUUGUGCGAUUGUGGGUAUUUAUGUUAGUUGGUUUGUUUUGCUAGUAGUCUCCGUUUGUUGUUGGCACACGUACUACGUACAUUCGUUGGUUCAUUUGUACGUACGUAGGUAUCUACACCAUCUGUAUGUUUGUUUAUACAUUUGUAUGGAUUUCAUACGUUUUUGCUGCUGCCGCUGUUGUUGGCUCGCUUUGCUGGCUGGCUGACAGACUGACUGGCUUGCUUGCCUUGCUUUUGCUUGUUGGCUGCUGCUGCUACUACAACUGCUGCUGCUGCUGGUGCCUCAGCCACUGCCGCUUGCUUUUUGGUAUGCAUGCGAUAAAUGUAUGACGGCUCGUGCCACCAGUACUCAAUUGACAGCCAAACACGGCGCACACGUUACGUUUGCCAAAGCGCGCUUAACGGCAUUAGCAAAAACUCAAAUAACCACAGAAAAAUUUUAUUCAAAAAUUGUUUGCCCUCCUUACACUCGAAGAAAAUUUGCAAAAUUUUGUAACAGUUCAUUAAUCUACCGCUACGUAGAUACAAUUUGUAUUUGUAAGGGAGAUUUCAAAAAAAAAAGUUAAAUUUUAAUGAAAAGUGAGACCAGAGAUUUCCCCCAAGCUAAAAAGCCUCAACACUUAAAUAUUCUAAAAGCUAAAAAUUGAUACCCUAAACCAAAAACCUACAAACCAAAGAACAUUUAACUUAAACCCUACCAUAUAUAAAAAAAAAAUAAAAAAACAAAAAUCCAAGAGAAAUCUACAAAGAAAAAACCAUGAAAAACUUUAAACAUCAACAAAGAAUGUGCAGAAAUCAAAAAUUGUUAAAAACACAAAUGCGAAGACAUCUGCGAAAAUUGUAAAGCAAAUCCAGACACAAAAACGCAUCAUCGCCAUUUUUGAGAAUCAUUGCUAAGGAGAGCAAAAGGCUUGAUACUUAACUAACGUACCAAAAAAAAAGAGUCAACGCUAAUCAAAACCAGCAUAGCAGUAAAGCUCUGCUAAAACUCCCUCUCUCUCUCUCUCUGACUACAUAAACUUCGAACUCAGUGACUACGUUUAUCAUCUAACUCAGUGAAUCUCUUAAGCUGUUAAAACUAUUUUAAUGAAUAUUUGGCAACAAAAAUUCUUAAAAAGACCCGCUGACGAUGCCGACAAUGGUGCCGACAAUUUUGAACCGCCUCAUAAGUUGCCCAAUAACAACAACAAUAAUAAUAAUAACAACAACAAUUCCAAUAACAGCAAUAACAACAACAACAAUGGCUCAGAGAAUCUAAAAUUCUCUGUGGAGAUUGUGCAACAACUUGAAUUCACCACCUCGGCGGCCAACUCACAACCCCAACAGAUAAGCACCAAUGUCACUGUGAAAGCUCUGACCAAUACCUCCGUGAAAAGUGAACCAGGCGUUAGUGCGAGCGGUGGUGGUCCAGCUGGUGCCGCCGGUCCAGGCAGUGGUGGCGGCGGUGGUCCCCAGGGCACUGGCGGUGGCAGCGGCGGCAUUGGCAAUGAUCCACAACAUAAUGGUAAUAACAAUCCCAACAAUCGCGGCGGCAUGCAUAUGGGCAGUGGUAGCGGCGGCGGUGUCCCCGGUGGCGGUGGUGGUCCAAACAGUGCCACAAAUAUAAUGGGUGGCCAUAACAUGAAUCCGAAUCAACAGCAACAGCAACAACAGCAGCAGCAACAGCAAAAAUCCAAUAUGGUGGGUCUAGGCAAUUUGGUGGAGUGUAAACGCGAGCCCGGGGAUCAUGAUUUCCCCGAUCUGGCUGGCUUAGACAAAGAUGGUGGGGCUAAUAGUAAUUUCCCCGGUUUUCCCGAGUUCAUGGCAGACGAUACUGCCGAGGGCAAUGAAACCUUCAAGGAUCUCAUCAAUGACUUGCAGGAUUUCAAUCCGGGCUUUUUGGAUGCCCUGGAUGAGAAGCCUUUGAUGGACAUCAAGACAGAGGAUGGCAUUAAGGUGGAGCCUCCCAAUGUGCAAGCUUUGAUCGAUAGUUUGAAUGUGAAGCCGGAGAAUGCCAUGGCCCAGUUUAGUGCCGCCUUUGGAGGGCCCAAUGCUGGCGGGCCCAAUGUGGUGGGAGGUGGCGGCGGUGGAGGUGGCAAUGGCAUGGGUGGUCCUAUGGGUGGCAUGGGUGGUCCCAAUAACGAUCCUCAAGGUAUGAACAAAAUGCGUUCUCAGUUCCAAAAUGGUCCCAAUUCAGGACCCAUGUCCGAAUUAUCCUUGGCCGCCCAAACACUUAAGCAAAUGGCGGAACAGCAUCAGCAUAAGAAUGCCAUGGGCGGCAUGAAUUUCCCCAGACCGCCCAUGCACCAGGGCCAGCAGAACCAAUUGAUGGGUGGCGGUGGUGGUGGAGCAGGCGGUGGACCCAAUGGACGCUACAAUGACUAUGUGGGAGGCUUCGGGGGACCCAAUGAUUUCAUGCAAGGCCCCAAUGGGCCGCAACAACAUCCCCAACACCAGAAUAUACCGCCGCAAUUCCAACAGAAGAACCAAGGAGGCCCCGGCGGUGGUCCCAUGGGCGGCGGUAGUGUGCAACAGUCCUUCCUCGAUAUCAAACAGGAGCUCUACUAUUCCUCACAAAAUGAAUUCGAUCUCAAACGACUUCAGCAUCAGCAGCAAAUGCAACAGCAACAACAACAGCAGCAGCAGCAUAUGUCGCAAGCCAAUAUGGGCAAAAUGGGACCCAACGGGCCCAUGGGGGGUGUGGGCAAUUUCCCCAAACCCAAUGGCCCCGGCCAACAGCAAUCUCAAACACAAAAUCCCACACAACAACCACAAUACUCGCCCUAUAAUUCGGCCAUGGGACCAGGUGGUGGUGGCGGUGGUGCUGGCGCCGGCAACCAAGGUGCAGCGGGACCAAACUUUAUGCAGGGGCCACCACGUGGUCCUGGUGUAGGUGUGGGUGGUCCCAAUGCUGGAGGCCCCUCCAAUGGGCCACCAAAUAUGUCGCCAGCCCAACAGCAGCAGCAGCAGCAGCAACAACAACAGUCGCAACAACAGCCACAAACGGGAAAUGCGGGACGUGUAGGUCCCAAUUCCCAACAAAAUACUCCGAAUAUGGGCAAUGCCGUUCCGAAUGCCAACACUCAAAAUGUUCCCAAUGCUGGACCCAAUGUUGGUGGUCCCGGCAGUGGACCCACAACGCAACAGGGCAAUCCCAAUAUGCCACAACAACAGUCACAGCAACAGCAGCAGACAACCACCACAACGCUGCAAAUGAAACAGACGCAACAGUUGCACAUAAGUCAACAAGGUGGCGCUCAUGGUAUUCAGGUCUCUGCUGGACAACAUUUACAUCUCAGCGGUGAUAUGAAAAGUAAUGUGUCGGUGGCUACACAACAGGGAGUGUUCUUUAAUCAGCAACAACAGCAGCAGCAACAACAACAGCAGCAACAACAAAAUACUCAAAAUACUCAGCAGCAGCAGCCGGGUGGCAAUAAUGCCGGUCCCAAUAGCCAACAGCAGCAAGCCCAACAGCAACAACAACAACCAAAUCAAAAUAUUAACAAUAAUAACGGUGCUUCCGAUGGUGGCUUUAGCAUGUCACAAACACAGUCCAUGAACUUCUCCCAACAGCAAUCACAAAAUCCGGCCUCAGCGGGACCCCAGCAACAGCAACAAGUGCCGCCCAAUAUGAGACAGAGGCAAAAUCAAAAUCAACAGCAAGCCAAUGCGGCGGCAGGCAACAAUGUUGGACCCGGGGGGCCAAAUGUGCCGCAAGGGGGACCCAAUGGCCCCGGGCCGAAUGUGGGUCCUGGUUUAAUGAAUAGUCCACAGCUUCCGGGUGGCCCUGGCGGUGUGGGUCCUGGUCCCAAUGGUGGACCCAUGGGUGGCAUGGGUGGACCCGGAGGCAAUGGACCCAAUGUACCCGGUGGUCCCAAUGUACCAGUUAUGGGUGGUCCCAAUGGACCCAUGGGUGGCAUGGGUCCUGGAGGCAUGGGUGGUGGUGGCCCCAAUCAAAUGAUGUCGGCUGGUGGCAUGAAUCCUAAUGCCGGUCCCAAUCCGGGCAUGAUGAUGGGCCCAGGCGGUCCCAAUGGCCCGCCCAUGAAUAUGAAUCAAGCCAAAUUCCUGCAACAACAACAAAUGAUGCGUGCCCAAGCCAUGCAACAGCAUGGCAUGGGUGGAGCACGACCACCGCCGCCCGAAUACAAGGCUACACAGGCGCAGCUUAUGCAGGCCCAGAUGAUGCAACAGACGGUGGGAGGCGGUGGCCGAUUCCCCAAUGCAGCAGCUCAGGCGGCAGCCAUGAGGCGUAUGACCCAGCAACCCAUACCACCUUCGGGUCCCAUGAUGCGUCCCCAACACUCAAUGUAUAUGCAACAUUCCGCUGGUGGACCACGUUCAGCCAUGGGUCCCUAUGGUGGGCCCAUGGGUCCAGGGGGUCCUCAGCGACCUCCUAAUGUACAAGUAGCACCGGAUGGCAUGCCUAUGGGUUCACAGCAGGAAUGGCGGCAUAUGAUGAUGCAACAACAGCAAAUGGGCUUCUCUGGUGGCCCAGGCCCUGGUGGACCAAUGAGACAAGGUGCCGGAGGUUUCAAUAGUGGUUUUAUGGGCAGUUCCGGCGGUGGUCCUAUGCCCAAUGGUCCCAAUGGCGGUGCCGGCGGUAUGGGCGGUCCCAAUCCCGGCAUGCAGCUGACACCCGCUCAAAUGCAACAGCAAAUGAUGCGCCAGCAGCAAAUGCAAAAUCAACAAAUGAUGGGCGGCGGCCCCAAUGGACCCAAUGCCAUGCAAAUGCAACAAAUGAUGCAACAGCAAACGUUGCAGCAACAAGGCGGACCCGGAGGUCCGGCAGCCAUGAUGACACAAAUGCAAAUGACCAGCAUGCAUAUGUCACAAACACAACAACAGAUCACCAUGCAACAGCAACAACAAUUUGUACAACAAACCACCACCACCACACACCAACAGCAACAAAUGCUGCAAAUGUCACAAGGCCCGUCGGGUGGUGGCGGCGGCCCCAAUGGACCCGGUGGCGUUCAAGGGGGCGGUCCCGGCGGCAAUGGUAACAAUGUUCUCUCCUCAUCAUCUGCCACAGUGUCGUCGGUCUCGUCGGUGGUGCCCGGGGGCACAAACAGCGCCAAUAGCAUGAAUCAAGGCAUGAGCUCGGUGGUGGGCAACUCGAAUGAUUUGUGUCUCGAAUUUUUAGAUAAUUUACCCGUUGAUGGUGGUAAUUUCUCAACACAAGAUUUAAUCAAUUCGUUAGAUAAUGAUAAUUUUAAUAUACAAGACAUUUUGCAAUAGACAUCUUAAAUUAAAGACAAAAACUAAACAAAACAAAAUACCCAUGGACCGAUAGUUGGAACACAAAACUCGUUUGAAGGCGAGAAUAAAAACAGUUUUUUUGGUUAAUUAUUUCAAAAAUUUGAAAAAAACCUUCUUAAGCAAGUUAAUCGAAAUUGAGAAAAAAAAAUCAUUGUUGCUUUGUUGUUGACAUUGAGUUAAACAAUGGAAAGCCAGCAGGAAGACAUGCCCAUGGGGCCCAUGUACAGCACCCUACUCGCCCCAUGGCCAGGGUAAUUCCUUACAGGCCAGCAAAUAUUGAGAAAGUAAUGCUUUCUUCUACUUAGACCAGGCCUAGAGCUUUUUGUUCUUUAACCAAUACUGUUGAGUUGUUUAUUUCUUUUUAAAUAUUAUUAAACUAUAUAAACUAUUUGGGGUUUUAUUAUAUAAUAUUUAGUUCUUUUUUUUAUAUAAAAAACACAAAAAACAUAGUUAUGAUGCAAAGUAUAAGUUUUUAAUUUUAAUUUAGUUUCUUAUAUACAUAUACAUAAAUACUUACCCAUAUAAAAAGAGACAGAAAAAUCUACAAAAAACCAAGAGUAUAGAAAACCCAAAAAAAAGAGAAAAACCAUAAACUAAAACGAAAAAAACCAAGGUUUGUUGUUUUAAAAAUUAACUAAAAGAAGCAUGUAAUACUUAAUUUAAUCCCUUUUAGAAUUACUUUUAUUUUUUAUG